AUGGCUGAAGAAGAACCUAAAGCUCUGAACUAUAUUCCAGAGGUUAUAUUGAAGAAGAGGAAACACAGUGAAGCAUGGGCUUUGAGAAAAAAGGAUCAAUUCAAGAAGAAAAGUUUUCAAAUCAGAAAAUCCAAGGACUUCAUCAAAAAGCCUGAGGAUUUCAUCUUUGAAUUUCGCAAUAGAGAGAUUGAUCUCGUUAGGAUGAAACGUAGGGUUAAGAGGAAACGUGCAGAAAAAACUACCACAAUCAAUAAGCCCAUUAUAGUCAUUCGUAUACAAGGAAAACAAGAUAUGCAUGCUACUACUAGGAAGCACCUGUUUAGUUUGGGAUUAAGGAGAAUUUUCAGUGCUGUGUUUUUGAAGCCAACGGAUGGAGUCAUGGCUAAGCUGGCUAGAGUUGAACCAUAUGUUACCUAUGGGUAUCCUAAUCUUAAAAGCAUAAAGGAGCUAAUUUACAAGAAAGGAAAUGCGAAAUUAGAUAAGCGAAAAGUUCCUUUGACAGAUAAUAACCUUAUUGAGCAGGAAUUAGGAAAGUUUGGCAUUGUUUGCAUAGAAGACAUUGUGCAUCAAAUUGAGAAUGUUGGUCCUCACUUUAAGGAAGUUGUCAGGUUUAUGUGGCCUUUUGAACUGAACAAGCCAGCAGAUGGAUUGAAAGGAUUGAAAAACCGCUUCAAGAAUGGUGGGGAUUCAGGGGACCGUGAAGAUCUCAUCAACGAGCUCAUCAAUAAGAUGAAUUAA